AUGAGGGGCAUCCACAACGGGCAUCCACACAAGACAUCCACAACGGGCAUCCACAACGAGCAUCCACACAAGACAUCCACAACGGGCAUCCACAACGGACAUCCACACAAGACAUCCACAACGAGCAUCCACACAAGACAUCCACAACGGGCAUCCACAACGAGCAUCCACAACGAACAUCCACAACGAGCAUCCACAACGAGCAUCCACAACGAGCAUCCACACAAGACAUCCACACAAGACAUCCAUAACGAGCAUCCACAACGGGCAUCCACACAAGACAUCCACAACGAGCAUCCACAACGAGCAUCCAUAACGAGCAUCCACACAAGACAUCCACAACGGACAUCCACAACGAGCAUCCACAACGAGCAUCCACAACGAGCAUCCACACAAGACAUCCACAACGGGCAUCCACAACGAGCAUCCAUAACGAGCAUCCACAACGAGCAUCCACACAAGACAUCCACAACGGGCAUCCACAACGAACAUCCACAACGAGCAUCCACACAAGACAUCCACACAAGAAAUCCACACAAGACAUCCACAACGGGCAUCCACAACGAGCAUCCACAACGAACAUCCACAACGAGCAUCCACAACGAGCAUCCACAACGGGCAUCCACACAAGACAUCCACAACGAGCAUCCACAACGAGCAUCCACAACGAGCAUCCACACAAGACAUCCACAACGAGCAUCCACACAAGACAUCCACAACGGGCAUCCACACAGGACAUCCACAACGAGCAUCCACACAAGACAUCCACACAAAGCAUCCACAACGAGCAUCCACAACGAGCAUCCACAACGAGCAUCCACACAAGACAUCCACAAAGAGCAUCCACAACGAGCAUCCACACAAGACAUCCACACAAGACAUCCACAACGAGCAUCCACAACGAGAUCCACAACGAGCAUCCACACAAGACAUCCACAACGAGCAUCCACACAAGACAUCCACAACGAGCAUCCACAACGAGCAUCCACAACGAGCAUCCACAACGAGCAUCCACACAAGACAUCCACAACGGGCAUCCACAACGAGCAUCCACAACGGGCAUCCAUAACGGGCAUCCACAACGAGCAUCCACACAAGACAUCCACAACGAGCAUCCACACAAGACAUCCACAACGAGCAUCCACAACGGGCAUCCACAACGGACAUCCACAACGGGCAUCCACACAAGACAUCCACAACGAGCAUCCACACAAGACAUUCACACAAUACAUCCACAACGGGCAUCCACAACGGGCAUCCACAACGGGCAUCCACAACGAGCAUCCACACAAGACAUCCACAACGAGCAUCCACACAAGACAUCCACAACGAGCAUCCACAACGAGCAUCCACACAAGGCAUCCACAACGGGCAUCCACACAAGACAUCCACAACGGGCAUUCACAAAGAGCAUCCACACAAGACAUCCACAACGGGCAUCCACAACGAGCAUCCACACAAGACAUUCACACAAUACAUCCACAACGGGCAUCCACACAAGACAUCCACAACGGGCAUCCACAACGAGCAUCCACACAAGACAUCCACAACGAGCAUCCACACAAGACAUCUACAACGGGGCAUCCACAACGGGCAUCCACACAAGACAUCCACAACGGGCAUCCACACAAGACAUCCACAACGGGCAUCCACACAAGACAUCCACAACGGGCAUCCACACAAGACAUCCACAACGCGCCAAAUGAUCACAUAAGGAAACAGAGGCGAGGCAUAUGCAAAUUUGAGGCCCGAUGA